CGAAGGUUAGCUGUCACCUCCUCCAAUCCGUUGUAGGGUACCCCCCCUAUGCAUCCCUGACGUUGAAUAUCUCAACCAAAUUGAAGUAGUGAUGAUGAUGAUCUUUCUGGUCCAAGCCACGGCUCGGCGUCGGGCGGUGGUCGCGUUGUGUUGGCCCAAGCUUAUGCCGAUCCACUCACGGCCAGGCAACCGUCAACUCUCAGCCAUCACAGCAAGUCCGAAUACGAGCUUGCUGUCGAGAAAUAUCCCUGGAUUUAGGGGAGGGAGAAAAAAGGGUUUCUUUUCUGUUUCAAUAUCGGACCCUUUCUGAUAGUUAAUUUGUAAGAAUAGAUGAGACACGUUCACUGCCCCCUCUAGUAGUAUUACUAUUAUCCUAUUGUUCUCGCAUCCUUUUCUGAUUCGCAAGGUAUACCUCCAUUCUGGGGUUGCUUGCUGCCUAUGCGGCUGGAAUUAGACUGCGGCAUUCCUUCGUCCUUUAAUCUUAGCUCACCAUUAAUCCCAGCAACGAAUCUAUCAAGGUAACUAUCGAAAAGCACUGCCCGGUGUGCGACGUAAGAAGAAGGUGUGCUCUCUGAGCCUCCGAAAUGAAGCUGGACCCGU